AUUUUUAUGUUCAGUUGCAAUUGAGAGUUACUAAACACAACAACGUUUGAGCGGUUUUAAUUAAAUUUAAUUUAUCGAAUUGAAUUCAAGGCAAAUACAAAUAAUAAAACUUGUGUUAAUAGUCUACAAACAAUUCUAUUACUUUUUAUACGUUACGCUUUUUAUAUUAUAUUCUUCUUGUUGCUUUGAAAUUUUAAUUAAAAGUUAUUGACAACAAAAAAUUUAGAAAAAUAAUAAUAAUUUAAUAAAAACCGGAUAAAAUAAAUCAUAAUAAAAAAACCAAAUAUUUUGAAAAUAACGAAAACAAAGAUAAGAAACCUGUAAAUUAAGAAAAGAAAGAAAAACACACCAGCAACAAAAUGUUUAAUACUUUGGUUUACAUACCCACCAUCUUGGCCUACACUUUUAUCACCCUACUGGUCGUCAUCUUGGGCUUUAUAGUCAUCUAUGUGUCUCAUAAAAUCUACACCACUGUCUAUGAUAAUCUGCCUGUAGCUCAACUGGCCUCAAAAUCCUCUUUGUCACAUGAAAGUGAUAUAAUGACAGAUUCCCACACCAUGCUGACCCAGGUCAAUAAAACGGAUGGAUUACAGUGUCGUAAAUCGAAAACAGCUUUACGUAUUAUUGUUACCCUGGAGCCGUGUUAUUUGGCCUAUAUGGUGUUUGAAUCAAAAUUACUUUAUAAUCCCAACAAUCAUUUCGCAUCAAGACUUUAUCAAUAUUCCCGUAGUAGCAAUACUUCUCAAGUUUCUCAAACAAUCACUGGCCACUAUGAUCAUUAUUUGAUCAAAUAUUUUGAUAGUCUUUCGUCUCUACCAACUUUAAGAGAUUUACAAAAAUGUGAUAAUUUUAAAUUUAAUAAAAUUUGUAUAAGACGUCGUAGUAGUAGGCGCAUAUAAUAUAUACGUUGUUGUUUUUUGCAAACAAAUUAAUGCAAUUUAAAAAUAAAAUGUAACAUUUUAAAUUGUUUUUUUUUUAAGAAAAAUAAUAAAAAAAAACUAAAAGAAACAAAAUGUUUUCUAAAAAUAUAUCAUUGAUUUCCAAAGUGUAUUCAACUUAAAAUGCGUGACUGCAUUUUGUUUUUUUUUUUUAUAAAUAUGCAUGUAUUUUUUAUGGGAUUUUAAAAUUGCACUUUGAUAUUAAAAAUUACAGGUAGACCUCAUUAAAUGGUUGAAUGAAUAUCGUGAUUAGUAAAAAAUAAAAAUUAUUUUUCCAUUUGAAAUCCGGAUCUGAAGAGACUUGUAAAACUCCCUAGUAUGCGUCAAGGAAUUUCAAUGUUUUUGUUGAAAAGAAUCAGUCAACACUAUAGAUAACUCUAUAUUCAAAAUUAUAGAUGACUAUAUAGUCAUGACUAUAGACAACUUUAUAUUGAAGACUCUAUAGUCAAUCCUACAAACGACUAUAAUCAAAACAAGUCUAUAAACGAAUCUUUAUUAAGGACUACAAACAAGUAUAAUGUGGACUCUACACUCGAGUUAAGAAACUACUAUAGAGUCAAGAUUAUAAAUGACUCUUUAGUCAAGACUAUAAUCGAGAAUAUCAUCAAGAAUAUAAACGAUUCUACAGUCGAAACUUUAUAGACAAGGCCACAAACGUUUUUAUAGUGAAUACUUUAGAUCACUUUAAAGUCAUGUCUACAAAUGGCUAUCGAUAACGACUCUAUAUUAGAGACUAUAGACGACUUUUAAGUCAAGAUUUAAAACUACUCUAAAAUCAAAACUUUAUGGAAACUAUAGUCAAGUCAGGUUCCUAUAAUCAAGACCAUUCGAUUCUAUAGUAAAAACUAUAUAAUCAAAAUUAUGUACGACUCUAUAGUCAAUACUAUGGUCGACUCUACAGUCAAGACUAUAGACGGCUCUAUACUCAAGUAUAGACGACUCUGUAGUCAAGACCUUAGACGACUCUAUAGAAAACUCAAAAGACUAUAAACCACUCUAUGGUGAAGGUUAUAAACGGCUUUACAGUCAGAAUUAUGAACGACUCUUUCACCAAGGUUAUAGACGACUCUUUAGUGAAAACUAUAUACAGCUAUAUAGUCAAUCCUAUAUACGACACUUUAGUGAAUAAUAGACUAUGGAAGUCUCUUUAGUGAAAACUAUAUACAGCUAUAUAGUUAAUUCUAUAUACGACACUUUAGUGAAUAAUAGACUAUGGAAGUCUCUUUAGUCAAGACUAUAGACGACUAGGGUCAAGACUGUAUUCAUAUAUAAAAUACAUCAAAAAAGUCUCAGAAACUUUUAAAUUUUGCAAGUUCUGGAACAGGCCUUUGUUUAUGAUUCUUUUGUCUAUUUGUCUGUGAUUUCUAUUUAUAAAAUCGUUUUACUUUUCAAAUUAAUCAAUUACCAUUAAAUAUCCAUUCACAAUAACAUCUAUUAUUGACGUUAUGUUUAAAUUGUCAGUUUAAAGUACAAUAAAAGCAAGCUUGAUUUUAAUUCAAGCUAUUUUCAUAUUUAAAGACAAUUAGGAGGUAUAUAUUUUUAAUUAGAAUCAUUUAUAUUGAUUGUAAUUAAAAAUAAAUUAUUGACCUAUGUGUGCGCUGAACUGUUUACACAAAAAACAAUGUAUUUCAUUUUUACAAAAAACAAAGAUUUCUUUAUUAAAUUUAAACAAAAACUGUGUGUAUAUAAAGGUUUACCUGUUUUUUUUUGUUAAACAAAAACAAUAUUUGCAUAAAUUAAAUGCAACAACCUGUAUACACAUUUUAUUAAUUUCAAUUUAUAAAUAAAAUGAUCAUGCAGACAAUUUAACAACAAUAACAAAUGGAAACCAAGAAGUAUUUAUAAAAGUUGUGUUUACUAUUUACAAAAAAAUUUUGAAAUGUAUUUCCAAAGUUGUACUUUUAACAUUUUAUAAAAUUUUUUUAUAAUUGAAAACUUUUGAUCUUUCUAUGUAAAUAAGAAAUGUUAGCAGAUACAUAUGUACGUAGAAAUUUUCAAGAUCAUUCAAUUGUUACUUUAUAACCUACGAGUUAAAUGUGAGUUAGGUUUUUUAUUUGUUAUUUUAAAUUAGCAAGCAGUAUCCCAGCAAACAUGGGAAAUUGAUUUCAAAUUUAUUUACAUUAGUCUUUAGUCUGCACUACGGACUAACCAAUUGUUAGGACCAUAGACUAUUUAAUACUCAAGAGUUUAGUGUCGAAACUAUAACGAGACUAUAGAGUAGUCCAGACCAUGGACCACUUUAUAGUUCAGAUUAGGUUAUCCAGACUAUAGACUAUUCUAUAGUCCAGACUAUUGACUAUUCUAUACUCCAAACAAUAGACUAUUCUAUAUUCCAGACUAUAGACUAUUCAAUAGUCCAAACUAUAGACUAUUAUAUAGUCCAAACUAUAGACUAUUACAUAGUCCAGACUAUAGACUAUUCUAUAGUCCAUACUAUAGACUAUUCAAUAGUCCAAACUAUAGACUAUUCCAUAAUCCAGACUAUAGACUAUUCUAUAGUCCAGACUAUAGACUAUUCUAUAGUCCAGACUAUAGACUAUUCUAUAGUCCAGACUAUAGACUAUUCUAUAGUCCAUACUAUAGACUAUUCUAUAGUCCAUACUAUAGACUACUCUAUUCUAUAGUCCAGACUAUAGACUAUUCUAUAGUUCAGACUAUAGACUAUUCAAAAGUCCAGACUAUAGACUAUUCUAAAGUCCAGACUAUAGCCUAUUCUAUAGUCCAGACUAUAGACUAUUCAGAAGUCCAAACUAUAGACUAUUCUAAAGUCCAGACUAUAGAGAAUUCUAUAUUCUACACUAUAGACUAUUCUAUAGUCCAGACUAUAGACUCUUCUAUAGUCCAGACUAUAGACUCUUCUAUAGUCCAGGCUAUAGACUAUUCUGUAGUCCAGGCUAUAGGCUAUUCUGUAGUCCAGAUUAUAGUUUGUUCAAUAGUCCAGACUAUAGUCCAAACUGUAGACUAUUCUAUAAUCAAGACUAUAGACUAUUCUAUAGUCAAGACUAUAGACUAUACUAUAGUCCAGACUAUAGACUAUUCUAUAGUCAAGAUUUUAGACUAUUCUAAAGUCCAGACUAUAGACUAUUCUAUAGUCCAGACUAUAGACUAUUCUAUAGUCCAGACUAUAGACUAUUCUAUAGUCCAGACUAUAGGCUAUUCUAUACUCCAGACUAUAGAUUAUUCUAUAGUCCAGACUAUAGAUUAUUCUAUAGUCCAGACUAUAGACUAUUCUAUAGCCCAGACUAUAGACUACUCUAUAGUCCAGAUUAUAUACUAUUCUGUAGUCCAGAUUAUAAACUAUUCUGUAGUCCCCAUUAAAAGCUAUUCUAGAGUCUAUACUAUAAACUAUUCUAUAGCCCAGAUUAUAGACUAUUCUGUAGCCCAGA